AUCAAGGGAAGUAGGAACUCUGGCAAAUUAUAAAGCAGUCUUACAUAGAACAAAUGUAAAUGGCCAAGUCAAGUCUACAAAUGGGUUUGAACCCCAUAAGGAUUUUGUACACACAGUUGUAAGAGCAUUGGUAGUUGAGUUGAUGUGUGAAAAGCAACAGAUACAGAGUAAAACAUCAGAUAUCCAGAUGCCAGAGCAUAUCAAAGUGUGGAAAACAGCCAAAAAAAUGGAAUGGUUAGACAGUUUUGUUGAACCAGUAGUAGAUACCAUCAUGAACACCUACAAGGCUCCAGACAUGAGUGAUGUGGAGAUACCUGUCCUGUACAAGGGUGGUUUAUACAUGCUAAAAAUACCAGCUUCUUCCAGAGGGAGGAAAAUAGAUGUAAACAUUAAUGGGGACAAAGUUAGAAUAGAUGUACCGCCGGAAGCAAGGAGUCCUGUUCAUGUCGGUGAUGACGUUUACAACUACUCACUCAGCUUUUUACGGGCAAGCAUGGAUCUGAUGCUGCUCCACUAUGUAAUAAAGGCUGGAGAUAUUGACAGAUUGACACUUUUGAUGAAACGUUUCAUUCCUUUGUUUAUAGGACUGACAUCCUUCAGAUCGAAAUAUGCAAUUGAAUGUGUUAAUUUUCUAGCAAAAACAGAACAUAUUCUUUCUGAGUUCGAAAGUGUACGAGUGAAGUUAGGUGCAUUUGUCAAUGUUUCUGGAGAACCUGGUAAGAACAAGGCAGCAGAUAUGCAGCAGGAAAAUAACAUUAAACAAGUCAAGAAUGUCAUUAGGAGCUUAGGUGCAAGUAAAACGGACAAGGCCAUGGAAAGAUCAUCAAAGGCAGCUCCUGUGAUAUGUGAAAUGAUUUCUGAUUUGGAAUCAUCGCUUGGCAUUACUACCAACAGUAAGAGAAACAAGAAGUCUUCUGUUGAAGACCUGUCUGUUUUAUUCGACAAAAUGAGACAGUUGAGACCUUUUGAAGUGCAUGUGAACAGAGCAUUGCCUUCUUUUUCGGGGUCUUCAGACAAUGUUGUUAACAAUGUAGAUAAAUUCAAACUCCGAGAUUUCAUUACAAGGCACAGUAAACGGGCUUUAAACCGAACUGCAUGUGAUCUUAAUAAUGAAGAACAGGAUUUUGAGGUUUAGUUACUCAGCAUUUCACAGUUAGUUACAUGCAUUUUAUAAGCAAUGAAUGCAAGUAGCUUGUUUAUAUUUGUCGUGAACUAAUUUUUUUUGAUUGAUAUAAACAAUAAUAUGCAGCAAUUAUCAUCAUGUUAGUCUGUUUUGACAUAUUGACUUAAUGCAAUACCUAUCUUAAAACUAGUAAUAUUGAUGAUCAUUACAUCUUAAGAUAUAUAUUAAUCUUCCUAUAUUAAUCAUCAUAAUUUCCCUGUGAUUUUGUUUGUCGAUUAAUUAGACUUAUGUAUCAUUCCUGCUACUUAAGGAUUUUCAUUUCAAUAAUUUAUGACCAUUUUACAUUGCACAUGAAAUUGUAUUCCUAGUACAUGUAGUAAACAAGUGACAUAUAUUCCUUUGUGACUUUUGCUAAGAUUAGGGAAAUGAAUUACUUGCUAGUUGAGGUAUGUUCACAGCAUUGCAUUUAUAACAUCAAUAUGACAAUACCUACAUGUUAGGCCUUUAAAUUCUUAUCAUUGCAUGAUUGAUGACAGAUAUUAGAUAUAUUCAUCCUGGAAUAUUAUAUGAAGAAGGGGUACAGAUAUGUCUUAUCUUAUCAAUGUAUAAUGUUAUAUGUAUGACUGAAUGUUCUUGAUGGUAAUAAUACUAAAGAAGCUAAUUGAAAAAGUAAGAUAAACAUUGUUAUUCCUUUAAAGGCUUUUCAAUGGGAACAGCUUUUACAGUUUAUGACACCUACAUGUUUUGUUUAAUAUGAUUUUGAUAAUAAAUUAUUCUCUGCAAGAAAAA